AUGGCUCUCCGGCAGCUUUACGCUCUCUCCGUGGCACUGGUGUGGGGCUGCGUGUCUCCCUCCUCCUCCUCCUCCCACCACUCCGCAGUUGCUCCCCCACAAGACCUUCAGGUCUCUGACCCUGGACUCCUAGGUGCUCUCGACAUAGAGUGGAAACCUCCACCCCAGGUACAAACCUCCGACGAAUGCACGGUGAAAUACAAGCUUGAGUACCGCAACGCUGGGGACAGAGACUGGAAGGUUAUUUUCACUAGGAAGCUAAAAUUCAGAGUUGGAUUUGACCUCAGCAGGACUGCUGAAGUGAAGGUGCAGACGCUGCUUGAAGGACGGUGUACCGGAGAUGUGGAGGUGCAAAGUGACUGGAUUUAUGCUACCUUUCAGGUCCCACUGCAAGGAAAACUAGAAUCAAAGGUUCAGAAUUUCCACUGCAUUUAUCAUGACUGGGAAUAUCUCAAGUGCACUUGGCAACCAGGUCUCCUCGCUCCUCGUGGCGUUCAUUAUGGACUAUAUUAUUGGUACGAGGGGCUGGACCACGCGGCGCAGUGUGCUGACUAUAUUCAGGAGAACGGUAUAAAUAUCGGCUGCACGUUGCAAAACCUGAGCCAGGCAGAAUAUACGGACCUGCGCGUUUGCGUCAAUGGUUCGGCGGGCGCCGCUCCGCUCCGGCCCGCGUGCUGAGCUGUUUGAUUGCACCUCUUGACCUUGUCUCUUUUUGGUCCCCCCUCAGCAAAGCCCUCACCCCCAAAGCAGCUGGUGGUUUCCAUGUCUGCGUCCGAGGAGCUCCACGUGGCAUGGAGCCCACCGGGGGGUGGAACGCCCCCCCAGUGCCUGCAGUACGAGGUUCAGCUGGCAGAAGGCGAGGGGGAAGCCACGGCUGCCUGGACGUCUGUGUCAACCCCAAUGGAGACUGCUUUAACAAUUCCCAGAGCCAAUCGAAGCCGUGUUUCAUGUGUACGUGUCAGAGGGAAAACAAAUAUUUUCUGUGCUGACCAGGGUUUUUGGAGUGAAUGGACACAGGAGUGUUUCUCUGUGUCCAGAAAAGAGGACAAGCAGAUAUUUAUCCUCAUUCCAGUCAUUCUGAGUUUGUCGAGUAGCCUCAUAAUAUUUAUGUUGAUUGGCCAGUGCAAGAAAAGAUCCCCAGCAGGAAAGCCAGCGCAUGCAUCGGUGGGAUGCUAA